CGAGCAGUGUCGCGUCAGAGAUUAUCUAAAUACUUAAUGUAUUAGUAAGUUGUAUCGUAAUUGACGUCGCAAAUUCAUUGUGCUUGUUCUCGAAGCUAACGUGCCACGAGGCAUGGAUCUGCUCUGAAAGGGACUUGGAACCUUCGGAUUCGACACUUCACUCCACCGCCAUCACAACGAACACAUCAGCAUCACGCGCAUCACGCCGCGUCGCUGCACACAGGAGAUCCAUUCAGCAACUCUUCCCUUCGUAUCACUCCCUGUCAUUUCAGUCAAUCUCAGUCAUUUCCCUUUGACUGUAGUUCUUGGAAAGCACCGCCUGCGCCCCAUUGAGGCAUAUCUCUGGGCCAUGGCUGUCAACGGUGACACACGGCGGUCGCCUGAUUACUGGAAUGGAAAGCCACCAAUGCACGUCUCUUUUGAAUCUUGGAUCAAUCAAUGGGGUAAAGAUGCAUACAAAGACUUCAAAAAGGACCACCCCAAAACCGAUCUCUCGUACGAGGCCUGGCGUCAAACGGACCGGGUGUACGGCGGAUAUCUGUUCUAUGUAGCUUCACUGGUAUGGAAUGAAGAUGGCGGCUCAGAUGAGGAAAGUGCGAAACGCCGUCGUAUUUCACGUGUUCCGGGUGACAACCCAAGGAAGACUGUGACAACCAACGGCAACGGAGCGGCACGUACUGCAGGUUCAGCAACACCGACAGCUGCAACAAAUUCAGACGAAGUCAAUGCGUUGGGUAAGAGGAAACGGAAGCCACGCAAGAAGUACAUGUCGCAAGAACUUGUGGCAUCCGAUGAAGAGGCAAUAGACGAGGUCGAAACAACAUUUUCCAGCGCAGAGGCAGAGACGUCCGCGGUGCCAGAGCUUACUGUAAAUGGACGACGCAAGUCAACGUCGCGGAAGCCGAGGAAAAAGCCCAUCUCCGACGAAACCAUAUCACCCGAAGACGAAAAUGAUGAUGCUAUGGAGGUCGACAUCUCACUUAUAGCAUCACCUCUCCCUGUUCGUUCAGCUCCGCGUGCGGCUGCCGUGCCUAGGCAGUCAGAGUCACCAAAGAAAGCAACACCGAAGCAAGCAUCUGCCAAGAAGUCAAAAAGGUCGCUCCUCGUAAGACUACCCUUCCAUCUCUGGGAUGCCGUAAACUUAGAAGAGAAGUCUGAAGAGAUGGUGCCCGAUGAGGACACCGAUAACGGAGAUGUUUCCAUCGCCGAAGUCUCACGACCUGCGACCACCCCUGCUACCAAAUCUAAAACCGAAACCAGCGAAAAUCUAAAAACAGAUAUCAAUACCGACGAAGCUGUCGGGUCAUUCACGGCUGAAGGGACGCCUGAUCCCUCAGCUGCUAGUACCAGACGAGGUCUGCGUAAUAGGAAGCCUGCGCAGCAACGACCCUACUACCACGAUGCGCAAGUAUUCGAAGAUGUCGAGACUGAACCCGACGACGAGAGUGGACUCGAAUUCUUAUCGCGUGAACAGUCUCUCGAAACCUCGCUACCAAACAAACCCAAGCACUUCAAGGGUAAAGGACGUGCCUGGAAGAAAGGUAGCUCUGACGAGGACGAAGAGUUUGUCACGCCGAAGGAGAAGAAAGCCGCCAAGGUUGCGAGAGCUAAGGUCGAGAAAGACAAGACCAAAGCAGAAAAGGAGACGGCCGGUGACGUGAAGGAAAAUGACAUCACGUGGGCCCUCUUAGACGCUCUUGAUGCAAACUUAGCUGAGAUGUCCAAUCGCGUGCCUGAUGAUGCAAACCGCGUGGGGACGGAAGAUGCGAAGGCCAACGGCUCACCCAAGAAUCCGCUGAAGCAGAGGGCCAAGAUCGGACGUCCAAGGAAGAACAACUUAUCCGGGGACAAAGUGCGCGAUGAUUCAGAUAACGAUAGCCCUCAAGCUACGCCUUCGCAGCCACCAAAGCGCGGCCGUGGCCGCCCUCGCAAGAGCGCACUCUCGUCUGAAAUUGUCCACGAUGACUCGGAAGAUGACGCGCCAGCUGCGUCAAAGGCGGCAGACGACUCUGUAGCCAUCAACCUUACAACGCCACCCAAAUCCAAAACGACAUCGCGGCCCUCAACAGCGACAAGCCCAGCUCGAACAACCACACCCAGGAAGCGUGGUCGUCCACGCAAGUCCGAAGCCAACACGCCCGCCAAGUCGCCUGCUACAGCCAAGGAAGAUGUGGAGGUUCUCAAGGCGCAACAACGCCACUCUGCAGCCGCUGAGCCCGCUGUAGAGCCGAAAGCGGCACGGACUCAAGUCAGCACAUUAUCUACCCCCGAAGAGUCAGAUUACCCCGUGCCGAUUGUCAACCGGGGUGCUGCACUCAUCGAAUCUCUGUACCCUCGCGAGCAAAGCGAGCCACUGGAUGUCAUUCCGAUGGAUAUGACAGCUGCUGCGCGCGCAUCGCCGCCAGCACUGACAUCUGCUGUAGCGCCCCCGAUCAUCAGUGCUCCCACGCAAACAGAGAGGCGGCCUCGCGCAGGAAGUGUAGAGGCUGACAACCCAGCUGACUCGGAUGGGCAUGCUGAGGCCAAGGAGAAGAAGGGGGAAAUCAAGCUUGAAGCUCCGGCCGAGGCUGGGAGUAAGACGCAAGCCAAGGGGGCCGAGAAGGAGGAGGAGGGGGGAAAGGAGGAGAAGGAGAAGGAGAAGGAGAAGGAGGAGGAGGAGGAUAGAGACGAUGGAGAUGACGGGCAGAUGAGUGCGGCGAUGAGCCUGUCUUCCGAGAGCGAGUUGUAGAGUGCCUCGCGCGCGAGGAGAUCAGAUGCUGGCAAUGUGGAUGGCUGCAUUGUUAUGUAGGUUGGGGAAACUCGCAGGACACGAACGGAGGAGUUCGGGAGCGGUCUGCAGUGCAUUUAAUCACGUGGCAUAUUUACAGUACACGAGACAGCUACGCAGGAAUUAGUGUAGUCUAAUGUGGUAGUCCUGGAGGCG